AUGCGGAAACGUCUGAUCCAAGUGAGCGGCUUCUUGAUUUCCACGCUGGGCUGGCUCUUUGUGCUGUGCACCAUGGCCAUGGACUUCUGGAGGAUCGCCCAGAUCGGAGGCCAGGGCGGCUCGUUCAUCAUCAAGGUGGCCUGGUACUGGUCCAACCUGUGGAAGGACUGCUUCACCGACUCCACGGCCGUCACCAACUGCAGAGACUUCUCUGUGCUCUGGAGUGUCACACCGUUCAUCCAGGGUGUGCGAGGCUUGCUGAUGUGCGGCCUAACUCUGGGCUUCUUCGCCGCCAUCUUGUGCUUCCUGGGCAUGGAGUGCACGUACCUGGGAGGAGACGAGCAGAGCAAGGACAAGAUGCUUUUCGCCGGCGCGGUUUUUCAUUUCGUGGGUGGACUGUCUGAUAUUACGGCCUACUGCUUAUACAUCAACAGGGUUGCCAGGAACGUCUUUGCUCCCAACUUAGCACCUGGACUCUUACGGUACGAUUUGGGCCCUCCCAUAUUUCUCGGAUUGGUUGGAAGUUUUCUCAUCCUUACAGGAUCUCUUUUUUAUGCAGCCACUGUGUUCAGAGUACUCAUACCUAAUCGUCGAGUGAUUUAUGCCUACGGAGGGGCCACGUACAUGGACCCUCGCUCACGAGGAAGAAGCAUGUACACCGGCUACUACAGACCCAACAGGCUGUACGGAACUUAUUACGGCUCGGGAAGAUCCAGCAGCUCCAAAAUAUCCAAACUCUCUGCCACAACACCAGAGAAGUUUUCUGAAAGGGAUGCGUUUGUGUAAUGUCUGUAAAUGGUUUCCUCCCAAGUGCAUUGUGUAUGACGGAGGAUUAGGGCCACGCUGAAAGAAAACAAUAGUCACAUUAUGUUGGGCGGAGGGGCGGGGGAGUCGUAAUGUUAAGAGAAAAAUUGACUACAAAGAAAACGUAAAAAAAAAAAAAAAAAAAAAAAUGUUUUGACAUGUGAAUCGAAAUUCCCACACAAACAUAAAUAGUCCACAAAUGACAUGGAAUCUGUUUACCCUUCACUUGCCAACAUAAAAGUGAUUUCAAUAAAGAAUAUUUAAAAUGUAUCCAAA